ACUCGGGCGCAUGGCGCGCUAGUGAAUGGCAGUUUCCGGUAGCUUCCUCUUUCUUUUUAGCCAGGCAAGGCGAAGGGAUUGCCUGGUAAAUGAUUUUUUAUGUGUAAAAAGUGCUAACACAGUGUGAAGAUGUCGUUAUCAACAGCGCGGCCUGUGAUCACUGUCUACAGUGACAAAAGUGAAGCAACGGGGGAAACCAUUUCUCUCCCUUCUGUAUUUAAAGCUCCCAUUCGACCAGAUAUUGUAAACUUUAUUCAUCAAGAAGUUUCCAAGAACAGUAGACAACCUUACUGCGUUUCCAGCAAGGCCGGUCAUCAAACAUCUGCCGAAUCAUGGGGAACUGGACGUGCCGUGGCUCGUAUUCCACGUGUCCGAGGUGGUGGUACUCAUCGUUCUGGACAGGGGGCUUUCGGAAACAUGUGUAGAGGUGGACGCAUGUUCGCUCCCACAAAACCAUGGAGGCGUUGGCAUCGUCGCGUGAACGUAAAUCAGAAACGUUACGCCAUUGUCUCAGCCAUUGCUGCUUCCGGAGUUCCAGCUCUGGUCCAGUCCAAGGGACACAUGAUCCAAGAUGUGCCAGAGUUCCCACUUGUUGUUUCUGACAAAAUUCAAGAAUACAGCAAGACAAAGGAGGCCGUUAUUUUCCUCCGCCGUAUCAAGGCCUGGAAUGACAUCCAAAAGGUCGAAAAGUCGCAGCGAUUCCGUGCCGGUAAGGGAAAAAUGCGAAACCGUCGUCGCAUCCAGCGUCGUGGUCCUCUCAUUAUCUACGGACAAGAUCAGGGAAUUCGCAAGGCUUUCCGUAACAUUCCUGGUGUAGACUUGAUGAACAUCAACAAAUUGAACCUGUUGAAACUCGCCCCUGGUGGUCACGUUGGUCGAUUUGUUAUCUGGACAAAGUCUGCCUUUGAUCAGUUGGACGCUCUUUACGGAACUUGGCGUAAGGAGUCUAAACUCAAGCAGGGAUACAAUCUUCCCUUCCCCAAGAUGGCCAACACUGAUCUCUCCAGGCUCUUGAAGUCUGACGAAAUCAGAAAAGUUCUCAGAGCUCCUCAGAAGAAGGUGGUUCGAAGUGUGAAGAAACUGAACCCGAUCAAGAACACUAGGGCGAUGUUGAAACUCAAUCCUUACGCUGCUGUUACGAAACGUGCGGCUAUCCUCAAGGCCACGAAGAGACAAAACGAGAGAGAUCUCGCUCUUGCUGAGAAACGAGGCAUCACUCUUCCAGCAAAUGCACCAGCCAUGCGAGCAAAGAGAAUCUUGGAGAGGCGCAAGAAGCAGCUGGUUGCUUUGAAGGCCUCGAAACCGAAGACCGCAAAGAAGGCAAAGGCCCCAUCCAAGGUGGGAAAGGUUGCCGCGAAGAAGUAAAUAAUGUAUAACAGAACAUGUUUACUUUAUUUCUUUGGAAUAAAAUGUGAAAAGACAACGUGAAGAUGGCUAUUAA